AUGAUGAUGGAAUAUACAAACAACAAAUAUCGCGUAGUUAUGGCAAAUGCUUUCCAGUGGCCGUUCGCUUACAUGACAAUUGCAUUAAUCGCAUAUUUGACAAAGGGCUGGCAGAACUUCUUCGUAUUCCUUAAUUUGGUCUCUUCACCAAUUACUAUCGGGUUCAUGCUAUUCCUGGAAUCACCGCGAUGGCUUAUUGCUACUGGAAAACUGGACAAAGCUUGCGAUGUGAGAGGUUUCUUGGCAGAUAGAGAACUUUAG